AAUUAUAAGCUCAACACAAUUAAGGUGAAUACCAAGAAUGGAGAUUGUUGGGCAAAGCAAGAAGCAAGUAAGCUCAUUAUGCAGCCCACAAUUCUUUCAGGCGAAAGAAAGAAGAGAACCAGCACCAGAUUUGACUACUCAGAAGAAGCCAGGAGGAUGGAAAGCCAUGCCUUACAUUUUAGGAAAUGAGAGCUGCGAAAGACUGGCCAGUUUUGGUAUGUUAGCAAACUUCAUGGUGUACUUUCUGAAAGUGUAUCACAUGGAUCUAGCCACCGCGGCAAAUGUCCUCAACAUCUGGAAUGGCGUUACGAAUUUUGCACCUUUGAUUGGAGCUUUCAUUUCUGAUGCUUUUCUCGGAAAAUUCAAGACCAUCGCUAUUGCAUCCUUCGCUGCACUUCUUGGACAAAUAACGAUGACGUUGACUGCAUGGGAAUCGCAUCUGCAUCCUCCAUCAUGCAACCCACAACAGCAAUUACUUGGGCAAUGCAAAAGCCCAAACAAACUCAAUAUGGGUAUCUUGUUAUUGGGCCUGGGCUUACUCUCUAUCGGAUCCGGAGGAAUCAGGCCUUGUAGCAUCCCAUUCGGGGUUGAUCAAUUCGAUCCAACAACUGAACAAGGCGUAAGAGGGAUUGCCAGUUUUUAUAACUGGUACUAUGCAUCCUUAGUUGUGAUUCAACUCAUAAUUUUAACACUGGUGGUGUACAUCCAGAGCAACGUCAGUUGGGUUCUAGGCUUUGGGAUACCUACCAUUCUAAUGUCCUGCUCCAUUGUCAUUUUCUUUGCUGGGAAAAGAAUUUACGUCCACCAGAAGCCUGAGGGAAGUAUCUUUUCCAGUAUUGGGCAAGUGCUUGUUGCUGCUUGUCGUAAGCGCCGGAUUAGAAUUCCGGUAGAUGGAGAGGCGGGUCGGACCUUUUUCGAUCCUCCAUUGAAGGAAACUAUAUUGUUCAAGCUCCCUCUUACCAAUCAGUUCAGGUUCUUGUGCAAGGCUGCUAUAAUAGAGGAAAACGACCUGAAUCCGGAUGGUUCCUGUGCAAAUCCAUGGAGGCUAUGCAGCAUUCAACAAGUGGAAGAAGUGAAAUGCCUAGUGAAGAUAAUCCCAAUAUGGUCGACAGGUCUUAUUGGUCUCAUCUCAAUAGCACAACAAACUACAUUUACCAUAUCACAAGCCUUGAUGAUGGACAGACACCUCGGACCCAAUUUUGAAGUCCCAGCAGGAACAAUUAUUGUGAUAUCAAUGCUCACAAUCGGGCUAUGGAUCCCAUUCUACGACAGAAUCAUCGUUCCGUUCCUUAGAAAACGCACCAAACAAGGUGGAAUCACACUUCUGCAGAGGAUGGGAAUUGGGUUGAUAUUCUCAGUUGUAUCAAUGGUGGUUGCAGGAUUGAUUGAGAGGGCGCGAAGAGAUUCCGCGAAUUCUCACCCGCAGCCUCUUGGGAUUUCACCAAUGUCAGUCUUUUGGUUGUCUCCGCCACUUAUCCUUCUGGGCUUCUGCGAGGCGUUCUAUGUCAUUGGACAACUUGAAUUUUACAAUACAGAGUUCCCAGAGCACAUGAGAAGCAUUGGCAACUCCGUUUUUUUCUGCUCUGCUGCUGGUGCAAGCUACCUUAGCAGCUUCAUGAUCUCGAUCGUGCAUCGAACCACGGGAACAAGUACUAAACCCAACUGGCUAGCAAAUGAUCUAAAUCAAGGCAGAUUAGACUAUUUCUACUUCCUUUUGGCCGGGAUCGGGUUCUUGAAUGUCAUUUAUUACUUGGUUUGCGCUCGCCGAUAUCGUUACAAAGCUGUUGUACCAUUGAAAGAUGAAGCCAAGGAUGAUGGUCGUGGUGAGCUGAGCUCAUUCGCAGUAUAAAGUUGAUAGGGAAGCAUAAGCAUCACGCUGCUUUAAUGCCAGUUAUAGUAGGGUAUGCAAUAUCCAUGUUUUUUCUUUUAACUUCUUGUACUUAUUAAAUAAGAAGAAAUACACCUAAAAGGGUAUGCAACGCCAAUAUCCAUGUUUUUUCUUUUAA